UUUUUUAAUUUUUUUGCGCCCCCUCCUUCCUUUUCUCCUCCUUUUUCUCAGUUUUUUUUUUUCGGUGCUUGCCGAGUUGUCCCGAGCUGGUGCCCCUUUUUUUGUGGACCAUGGAUACGCACACACGGUGGAAAAGGCGAAGCUGGAUACGGAGCUGGCCGGUGCCCGCAGCGCUGCUCCUGCUGGGCGCCGCGUCCCUGGGCGGUGCAGCUGAGCCUGCAGAUCUCUUGAAGGUAUUAGAUUUUCACAAUUUACCUGAUGGUAUAACAAAAACAACAGGGUUUUGCACAAGCAGAAGAUCUUCAAAAGAAGCAGAUGUUGCUUAUCGAGUAACAAAAGAUGCUCAGCUUAGUGCACCAACAAAGCAGCUGUAUCCUGCUUCCCCAUUCCCAGAGGACUUCUCCAUUCUAACCACUGUAAAAGCGAAGAAAGGAGGUCAGUCCUUCUUGAUCUCAAUUUACAAUGAGCAAGGGAUCCAGCAAAUUGGUGUGGAGAUGGGUAGAUCUCCUGUAUUCCUGUAUGAAGACCAUACAGGAAAGCCAGGCCCAGAAGACUAUCCUCUCUUUAGAGGCAUUAACCUAGCAGAUGGCAAGUGGCACAGAGUAGCCAUCAGUGUGCAAAAGAAAAAUGUCACUUUAAUUUUGGACUGUAAAAAGAAGAUAACCAAGUUCUUGGACCGAAGUGACCACCCCAUCAUUGAUGUCAAUGGCAUUAUUGUGUUUGGAACGAGGAUACUGGAUGAGGAAGUCUUUGAGGGCGACAUCCAGCAGCUCCUGAUCGUGGCGGACCCCAGAGCAGCCCACGAUUACUGCGAGCACUACAGCCCCGACUGCGACACCGCCAUCCCAGACUCGCCCCAGUCCCAGGACCCCAACCAGGACGAAUACUACACUGAUGGGGAGGGAGAAAGUGAUACUUAUUACUACGAAUACCCCUACUACGAAGAUGUGGAUGAAGCUGUAAAGCCAGAAGCGCCCACCACCAAACCUAGCACUUCUGAAGCGGCUGCUGGAGAAGGACCUGAAACCAAGCAGGACUACCCUGCCCCCACUCAGUCCCCUGAUGGAGUGGACCCUGGCAAGGAGACGAAGGAGGAUCAUACUGUGGACGACCCCCUUGUGGAUGAGUACAACUAUGAAACCAUCAACGAGGAGUACUUUACACCUCUGCCUUAUGAGGAUAUCAACUACAACGAAGAAUUAGACCCCCAGGGUGGACUUACGGAAAAUGCUGUUGAAGCUGAGCUCCCCACUAGUACAGUCAUCACCUACAAUGAGACCGAUGCUGGUCAAGGAGGAGACGACCUGGAUAAAGAUUUCACCGAGGAAACAAUAAAAGAAUAUGAUGGGAAUUACUAUGAUAACUACUAUGAUCGGACAGUCUCCCCUGAUAUUGGGCCGGGAAUGCCUGCCAACCAGGACACCAUCUACGAAGGGAUCGGUGGCCCACGGGGUGAGAAAGGACAGAAGGGGGAGCCUGCGAUUAUUGAACCGGGCAUGCUUGUUGAAGGCCCACCUGGUCCCGAAGGCCCAGCAGGCCUGCCAGGACCUCCAGGACCAACUGGACCUGUGGGCCUAAUGGGAGACCCUGGGGAGAGAGGGCCACCAGGCCGCCCGGGGCUUCCAGGAGCAGAUGGUUUACCCGGACCACCAGGGACAAUGCUUAUGUUGCCUUUCCGCUUUAGUGGAGGAGGAGAUGCUGGCUCUAAAGGACCUCUCGUUUCAGCACAGGAGGCCCAAGCUCAAGCCAUCCUGCAGCAGGCGAGGCUGGCACUAAGAGGACCAGCAGGCCCGAUGGGGCUAACAGGACGGCCAGGCCCUGUGGGACCCCCAGGCAGUGGAGGACUAAAGGGCGAAGCAGGAGAAAUGGGACCACAGGGUCCACGAGGCAUCCAAGGCCCUCCAGGCCCAGCAGGAAAACCAGGCCGCAGGGGACGAGCUGGCAGUGAUGGUGCCCGGGGAAUGCCAGGCCAGACAGGACCAAAGGGUGACCGAGGGUUUGAUGGCUUGGCUGGUUUGCCUGGUGAGAAGGGAAAUAGAGGUGAGCCAGGCCCCCAUGGACCCCCAGGAGCACCUGGAGAGGAUGGCGAGAGGGGAGAUGAUGGAGAAGUCGGACCGAGAGGUCUACCUGGAGAACCUGGACCCCGAGGAUUGCUGGGACCAAAAGGACCACCAGGUCCCCCGGGGCCACCGGGUGUGGCUGGUAUGGACGGACAAACCGGUCCUAAGGGGAAUGUGGGUCCUCAAGGUGAGCCAGGUCCCCCAGGACAACAGGGUAAUCCAGGUGCUCAGGGUCUUCCAGGUCCACAAGGCCCAAUCGGUCCCCCAGGAGAGAAAGGGCCGCUGGGCAAACCUGGUCUUCCUGGCAUGCCUGGUGCAGAUGGUCCUCCGGGUCAUCCUGGCAAGGAGGGUCCUCCUGGAGAGAAGGGGAGUCAGGGUCCACCAGGUCCUCAGGGCCCCAUUGGUUACCCAGGACCACGCGGAGUCAAGGGAGCAGAUGGUGUUCGUGGAUUGAAAGGUACCAAAGGUGAAAAGGGUGAAGAUGGUUUCCCUGGCUUCAAAGGUGAUAUGGGCAUCAAGGGAGACCGGGGUGAAAUUGGGCCUCCUGGCCCACGAGGUGAGGAUGGUCCUGAAGGCCCCAAAGGUCGCUCUGGUCCCAAUGGAGAUCCUGGUCCUCUUGGUCCUGCUGGAGAAAAGGGAAAACUCGGUGUUCCAGGAUUACCAGGUUACCCUGGAAGACAGGGCCCAAAGGGUUCAAUUGGGUUCCCAGGAUUUCCAGGAGCCAACGGAGAGAAGGGUGCACGGGGGACACCUGGCAAACCGGGUCCAAGGGGGCAGCGCGGUCCAACGGGUCCACGUGGGGAAAGAGGCCCUAGGGGAAGCACUGGGAAGCCUGGCCCAAAGGGCAACUCUGGUGGUGAUGGCCCCCCUGGUCCUCCUGGCGAAAGGGGACCACCAGGGCCUCAAGGACCAACUGGAUUUCCUGGACCAAAAGGCCCCCCUGGUCCUCCUGGAAAGGAUGGAUUGCCUGGUCACCCCGGACAGAGAGGAGAAACUGGUUUCCAAGGCAAGACAGGCCCUCCAGGCCCUCCUGGUGUUGUAGGCCCUCAGGGUCCAACCGGUGAGACUGGCCCAAUGGGCGAGCGGGGACAUCCAGGCCCUCCAGGUCCCCCUGGUGAACAAGGUCUUCCUGGCCUCACUGGAAAGGAAGGGACCAAGGGUGACCCUGGUCCUGCUGGUCUCCCAGGAAAGGAUGGUCCCCCCGGCUUGCGAGGCUUCCCUGGAGAGAGAGGCCUCCCUGGCCCAAUUGGUACUCCAGGACUGAAAGGCAAUGAAGGUCCCCCAGGCCCCCCGGGUCCAGCAGGCUCUCCUGGUGAACGAGGUCCUGCGGGUUCAGCUGGCCCAAUAGGCCUGCCAGGGCGACCUGGUCCACAGGGACCUCCGGGACCUGCAGGGGAAAAGGGAGCCCCAGGUGAGAAAGGUCCUCAAGGACCAGCUGGUCGGGAUGGCAUCCAGGGCCCAGUUGGACUCCCAGGCCCAGCAGGUCCUGUUGGGCCACCUGGAGAAGAUGGAGACAAGGGCGAGAUUGGGGAACCUGGCCAGAAGGGCAGCAAGGGCGACAAAGGGGAACAGGGUCCGCCAGGUCCUACAGGACCACAGGGUCCGAUUGGACAGCCAGGCCCAGCUGGUGCUGAUGGAGAGCCAGGUCCCAGAGGACAACAAGGCCUCUUUGGUCAGAAAGGUGAUGAAGGACCCAGAGGUUUCCCUGGUCCCCCCGGCCCAGUGGGCUUGCAGGGCUUGCCUGGACCUCCUGGUGAGAAGGGAGAAACAGGGGAUGUUGGGCAAAUGGGCCCACCAGGCCCACCUGGCCCCAGAGGUCCAUCUGGACCACCAGGAGCAGACGGUCCACAGGGUCCUCCUGGAGGAAUAGGAAAUCCUGGCGCAGUAGGAGAGAAGGGUGAACCUGGGGAAUCUGGUGAGCCUGGUCUUCCUGGGGAGGUUGGCCUCCCGGGUCCUAAAGGUGAAAGAGGUGAAAAAGGUGAAGCAGGUCCCUCAGGUGCUGCUGGUCCACCAGGCCCCAAAGGUCCACCAGGUGAUGAUGGUCCCAAGGGCAGCCCUGGUCCAGUUGGCUUCCCUGGUGACCCUGGUCCUCCUGGAGAACCUGGUCCAGCUGGUCAAGAUGGUCCCCCUGGUGACAAAGGUGAUGAUGGCGAACCUGGGCAGACUGGUUCCCCUGGUCCCACAGGAGAGCCAGGCCCCUCUGGACCACCAGGAAAAAGGGGUCCCCCUGGUCCAGCCGGUCCCGAAGGAAGACAAGGAGAGAAAGGAGCCAAGGGUGAAGCUGGUUUGGAAGGACCUCCUGGGAAGACGGGCCCAAUUGGUCCCCAAGGUGCUCCAGGGAAACCUGGCCCCGAUGGCCUUCGAGGAAUUCCUGGUCCAGUUGGUGAACAAGGUCUCCCAGGCUCCCCUGGCCCAGACGGUCCUCCAGGCCCAAUGGGCCCACCUGGUUUGCCUGGUCUUAAAGGAGACUCUGGUCCCAAAGGUGAAAAGGGUCAUCCAGGUUUAAUUGGUCUUAUUGGACCGCCAGGUGAGCAGGGAGAAAAAGGUGACAGAGGUCUCCCAGGACCCCAGGGCUCAGCAGGCCCCAAAGGAGAGCAGGGUAUCACAGGUCCUUCUGGACCAAUCGGACCCCCAGGGCCACCAGGAUUACCGGGUCCACCUGGUCCCAAAGGUGCUAAAGGAUCAUCAGGUCCAACAGGUCCAAAGGGUGAAUCAGGUCUUCCUGGGCCCCCAGGGCCUCCUGGUCCUCCUGGAGAAGUCAUCCAGCCCCUGCCCAUCCAGGCAUCCAAGAGGACCAGGCGAAACAUUGAUGCCAGCCAGCUGGUGGAUGAUGGAAACGCCGACAACUACAUGGACUAUGCAGAUGGCAUGGAGGAAAUUUUUGGCUCGCUGAAUUCCUUGAAACUGGAAAUUGAGCAAAUGAAGCAUCCAUUGGGCACUCAACACAACCCAGCUCGUACCUGCAAGGACCUGCAGCUCUGUCACCCUGAUUUCCCAGACGGUGAAUACUGGGUUGAUCCGAACCAAGGAUGUUCCAGGGACUCUUUCAAGGUUUACUGUAAUUUCACAGCUGGUGGAGAGACUUGCAUCUUCCCUGACAAGAAAUCUGAAGGAAGUAAAAUGGCUCGUUGGCCCAAAGAACAGCCUUCCACAUGGUAUAGUCAAUACAAGCGGGGGUCUUUGCUCUCCUACGUGGACUCGGACGGGAACCCCAUCGGCGUAGUGCAGAUGACUUUCCUGAGGCUCCUGAGCGCGUCGGCCCACCAGAACAUCACCUACAACUGCUACCAGUCCGUAGCCUGGCACGACGCCACCACGGACAGCUACGACAAGGCCAUGCGCUUCCUGGGCUCCAACGACGAGGAGAUGUCCUACGACAACAACCCUUACAUCCGAGCUGCCGUCGACGGCUGCGCGGCAAAGAAAGGCUAUCAGAAGACUAUUCUGGAAAUCAGCACGCCCAAAGUAGAGCAAGUACCUAUAGUCGACAUCAUGUUCAAUGACUUUGGAGAAGCGUCACAGAAAUUUGGAUUCGAGGUGGGACCAGCUUGCUUCUUGGGCUAAGAGCCACCUGAAAACUAGUCUCCAAAUGAGCAACCUCGUAACCUCAUUGCGCCAUUUAAUGAAUUCAAAAAGAAAAAAACAAAAAAAAAAAGAAAGAAAGAAAAUCCUUGUCACAUGCACGUUCUGAAACUGGACAGUGAUGGGUUAUUUUUUUUGGUUUUGUUUUGUUCCUCGUUUCGCCCGAGUUCUCCUGUGCCACUGCACCCACACGUACCGAAUCGCCGACCGAGAGAAGCGUUCCCGCAACGGGCGCAGAAUCGCAUGACCUGAGCGCAGCACGCGUGGCAGAGCGAGCCGGCCCCGCGCCCCGCUCCCGGCCGCGGCACCUUGUCUCCCACAGCUUCUCGCUCGCAGCCAUCGAACGGACUCCACCGCCUCCACUUGGGUAUCCGGAAAUGGAAACAGAGCAAAGACUUUUUCUUGCCGUGAAAUGACACCAAGCGCUUGCUUAUAGGUUAUUUUUUGUUUGUUUGUUUCUAAGGAAAACGGAAAAAACUUGAAACUCCUGCGUUCAACUUGACGUUGAAAUCAUGACAGCCCUGGCUCUAAUCCAAACCCUGCUGAAGUUCAUCAGAGUCCUUUUGUUGACUUCUGUGAGAUUUGGAUCAGGUCUAGCAAGCAGAAGUAAUGGCCAUUUCCAGAGUUUUCAAUGCCUCCAUUUAAUCACCUAAUUUUUUUUUUUACGAAAAAUUAACCCGAUGAAUUUGAUAGCAAAAAGUCACACUGGGCAUCUCCUUCCCAUGUGUUAAAGGUGCUUAUAUUUUUGUAUGUUUGUAAGUAAAUAUUUGUAUUGUAUAUUAUUUUAAAUGUUUAAACGUUUCUGGCUUCAAAACAUGCAUGUGACCCUGUCUGUAUCGAAACAACAGCUCUCACUCGCGUCCCAACCAUGCAUCCACCUAGAAACGCGGAGUGGUACGCUCGCCGCUGCGCCGCUUUGGGCCCGGCCCCGGCCCCAGCCGUCGCUUGCCCGUUCGUAACCCAAAGCCUGCGGCGGAAGGGGCUGCUCGUGCGCUGUGCUUGAAGUUAAGCUGAGGUACAAGUCUUUGCAGGACGGGGGCCAAAGGAGUGGCGAACCAACCCCAGAGCCACAGAUAUGUUUUUGGAAUGAUUCGCUCCAAAGUAAUAAUAAUAAUAAAGCCACUCUUUAACAAGGUUUCUACCAAACCCUGAUUUAAAAACGGGAUCCAGUUUGAACCUCUGCCUUUUUAUACACUUGCUUGCCUUAACAUACAUGGUUUAAAUUAAUUUUUCUUGCCUUCUUCCCCCCGAACAUUCUUCUAAAAUAAAAAAACAAAUCCAUUCCUAGUGGCAGAUUGGACUGGCAGGGAAAAUCCAUUUGUCCUCUCUUAAUAUAGAGUGUAAAAAAAGAGAAAAAAAAAAAAAAAGGUGCUCUUUGCUUUUACAUUUCUCUUUGUGGUGCUAUCUGUUUGAAUACCUUUAAUGCAACACUGGUGAUACCCUGCCAUUGACCAGUCUGCCAGCAUCCUUUGCUUUAGCCACUCUCCCAUGCAGACUGCAUGCCUUUGCUACAGUCUUUGAUUAUAAAUGCAUGCCACCUUCAUAUUUGCUAUGUAGAAGACCUGCUGCUUUUCUUAAUUGUAUUAUGGUAGCUCAUAUGGCCCAUGUAGAAAGUAUUAAAUGUGCUUUUUUUUCUUUUUUGGGAAAGAAUAUUCAUGCAUUUUAUACGGUGGUAAUCAUACCAGAUUGUACUCAGUCGCUGAAUGUUUGUGGUGCUAAUUUAUGUAUUUGUUCGAUGUACUGACGUGAGGAUGAAACUGCCCGGUUGUCUGGCUCGCUCGCGGCCUCGGCUGCGAGCGCCUCCGGAGCAGCUCCUGCAGCCAGGCUGCCCGGAGCGUGCAAUUUUCUUUGUCUUCCCACGACGGCUGCCGGGAUGGCUUUUUUCACGCGGCGUUUUCAGAUUGCAGCCUGCUGACACCAGCAUCCCCUUUCUUUUUUUCUUUUUUUUUUUGUUUUUUCUCCUU